AUUUCCGGUUCAACUAUUAAUCAAAGAUUUCUUAAGUUUGAAAAAAAAGGUGCGAACUUGGAGUUUCUUUUGGGAUUGGUGCGACUCUGAGUCGAGUCGGACUCUGCUUGAUCGAAAAGGUUUCUGGGUUUUGAUUAGAUUCGCCGAUUCAAUCCGAAAGUUUGUUCCUUUUCGCUGUUCCGAUGGGGGAAAACAAUUAUCACCAUGUGGAUAAGAAAACCAGGUUAGAAGAAGUUGAGCAAGACUACAUGCUGCAGCAGCAGCAAGAUCUGCAGUUGCAAGCUUGGACGAGGCAACAGAACCAGUUUCUUCAAUCUAUCUCACCGUCCCAGAGACCACCCUAUCUUCCACAACAGCAGUACAUCCAGCACCACGAGGACCCCACGGGACAAGAUACACAGUUGCAAGCUUUGUUUCACCGGCAGAUGCUGAUAAGGCAACAGCAUCAGCAGACUCUUCAAUCCUUGUCACCGUCCCAGAGACCCUAUCUUCCACAACAGCAGUAUCAGGACCUCAGGGGACAAGAUCCACAGUUGUUGCUGCCUCACCAGCAGAGGCUGAUCAGGCAACGCUAUCAGCAGGCUCUUCAAUCCCUCUCACCGUAUCAGAGACUCCAACUUCAGCAGCUGAGACGGCAACUACAGCAGCAACGAGUCGCUCAACAGAUCCCUCCUAAUGUAUCUCCUUUUGGAGGUGGUGUGUUCGUUCAACAGAAGUUUAUGAUGUUCUUGCAUCACAUAAAGCAACGACCAGCUGACAAUUCCAUUACCUUUUGGAGAGGAUUCGUGGCUGAACACUACUCACCUCGUGUAAAGCAAAGGUUGUGCUUUUCACAGUACAAAAGUGCUGGCCACAUGCUUGGCAUGUUACCACCGGAUAUGUGGCAGUGUAAUCUCUGCGGCGCCAAGUCUGGAAAAGGAUUUGAGGCAACUUUCGAUGUGCUUGCCAGACUAUUUGAAACCAAAUAUGCUAGUGGCGUCGUUGAUGAGCUCUUAUCUCUGGAAGGUCCACGAGAGUUCAGAGCUUCCAGUGGACUGAUGGUAUUACAAUAUAGAAAAAUGGUUCAGACAACUGUAUAUGAGCAGUGUCGUGUUGUUCAUGAGGGCCCUCUUUUCAUCAUAUUCUCUCAAGAUUUUAAGAUACGGUACUGGGAGUUUUGUACUCGGGGUCAUGAAGAGUUUCUUCUCCGCAGACUUAUUGCUCCGAAGGUGAAGGAGUUGCUUGAGGUUGCACAGAAAUGCCAGAGCACGAUUUCGGAAAGUGGGUCAGAGGGAGUUUCUCAGCAGGAUUUACAAACAAACAGUAACAUGAUCUGGGGAGCAGGACGAAAUCUGGCAAGGGUCAUGGAACCAGAGUCUCUGAAUGAACAGGGCUAUCCGAAAAAAUAUGCCAGAGCUCUACAGAUAUCUGAAGUUGUCAAGAGCAUGAAUGAUCUGAUGGAUUUCACAGUGAAGCACAAAAUUGGCCCUAUAGAGGGGUUGAAACGGCUUUCGGAACAGGCAGAGACAAUUAAGCUCCAGAGACAGAAAAUGCAAGAGAUGGAGCAGUUGGGGAAUAGUGGAGCAAUGAUGUAUAGGUGGUCAGCUCAAGCUCAGAUGGACGGCCUUGCUGGCAACAACAAUAACUCCUACAAUCAUCACUAUCAUAGCUCAGCUCAAGCCGCUUCUGCUCUGACCAACAACAACAACCAAACCAUGCUUAUGGGGAGGCUAAAUGCUAUGAAUACGGGCGGACUAGAGGAGGGGUUCCCGAGUCAGCGUCCAACCACAAACUCAAACCAGAGUCCAUAUUGGUCUCAUCAGAGGCAGAACCUAGCAACAGGUGAAUUUCUCAGCUCUCCCCAGAUGCAACAGGAGCAGCAGCAGCAUGGCAUUCCCAACACGCUUCAGCAGACACAUUUGCCACCAGAAGAUGCCACAGAAAUACCUGACGAUUUCUCAGACGACAACUUCGGUGAUAACUAGGGUAAGCUUGUAGAACAGAACAUAGGCGUUGCUACUUUGAGUUUAACAAAGUGAAAAGGGUGUUGGUUUUAGGCUUAAUUCUUCUCAUUUAGGUUGGUUUGGUUGGUGUUUUGUAUAGAAACCAAAGGAAGUUGUAAACUACACAUCUUCACACUGAUGUAAUCUCAAAAUAAACAAGUUGUGUAUAUAUAUUCAUCAGUCAAAAGGGUUUUUUAUG